UCUUUUCUACAUCCCAAGUUGUAUUUUCUCUCUCAUGUGUCUCACAAAGAAAAAAAAUAAAAUCUUGAAAAGGGGCUGUAGAGGGAGAGUCUGCAAGGUGUUUUGGUAAAAGGGUUUUUGUUGCAGUCCUACUCUGUGAAACAUAAAGCUUGGAACAAUUUGUUGCUGGUAGUGCUGCACGGACUAACGCGGUUGACUCAAUUGCAUAUUGUUUUCACUAGAAGAAUUAAUGGAAGAGAUGUCUCCAGCUGUUGCUGUUACACUCAGCUUAAGCAGCUCUAUCUGUGAUAACCCUGCAAUUUCGAACCAUGUAGAAAUCACAAGGCUCAAAUUAGUGACUGACACAGCUAGCUUACUUUCAGAUCCUGCAUCUUUGUUGCAUGCUGAGUCAAAUACCAGUUGGAAUGGAAAUAGCAACGGUAUGAAAGUUGGCGUUGGUAGGAUUCCCUUGUUGACACUAGGAGAAAGCUCUGGAAAAUGUAGUCUGCCGCAGACUCUAUUGGGAGCUGAAAACGGCCUGAUUGUUAGCGAUAGCAUCAUUCAGGGAAGUGAUGAAGAUGAGAUUUUAUCUGUUGGAGAGGAUCCAUGUGGAAUUAAUGGCGAGGAGUUGUUGCCACUGGGAACUAGCUUACAGUUGAGCUUGCCAAUUGCUGUUGAAAUCGAGGGUAUUAACAAUGGACAAAUAGUUGCCAAGGUCAUAAGUUUGGAAGAAAGGAGUUUUGAUAGAAAGGUUAGUAAUACCAUAGUUGCUCUCCCAGAUGAUGAAAUUACUAGUGGCCCUACACUAAAGGCAUCUGUAGUGGCCCUUCCAUUGCCCAGUGAGAAGGAGCCUGUCAAAGAAAGUGUCAAGAGUGUGUUUGAAUUGGAAUGUGUGCCACUCUGGGGUUCUGUAUCUAUCUGUGGAAAGAGACCGGAGAUGGAGGAUGCUCUUAUGGCUGUUCCUAAUUUUAUGAAAAUUCCUAUCAAGAUGUUUAUUGGUGAUCGUGUUAUUGAUGGACUAAGUCAAAGUUUGAGUCACCUGACAUCUCAUUUCUACGGAGUAUAUGAUGGUCAUGGAGGAUCUCAGGUUGCAGAUUAUUGCUGUAAACGUGUUCAUCUAGCAUUAGUUGAGGAGUUAAAACUUCCCAAACAUGAUUUGGUGGAUGGAAGUGUAAGGGAUACCCGGCAGGUUCAGUGGGAGAAGGUCUUUACUAAUUGCUUUCUCAAGGUUGAUGAUGAAGUUGGAGGAAAGGUGAACAUAGAUCUCUGUGAUGACAACAUGAAUACCUCUAGCUGCACCUCUGAGCCUAUUGCCCCAGAAACUGUUGGGUCCACUGCGGUUGUAGCGGUGAUUUGUUCAUCUCAUAUUAUAGUUGCUAACUGUGGGGAUUCAAGAGCAGUCCUUUAUCGUGGCAAAGAAGCGGUGGCAUUGUCAAUCGAUCACAAACCAAGCAGAGAAGAUGAGUAUGCCAGAAUUGAAGCAUCUGGUGGUAAGGUCAUUCAGUGGAAUGGGCAUCGUGUAUUUGGUGUUCUUGCAAUGUCAAGAUCUAUUGGUGACAGAUAUUUGAAACCAUGGAUUAUACCCGAACCAGAAGUUAUGUUUGUACCACGUGCUAGAGAAGAUGAAUGCCUAGUUUUAGCCAGUGACGGAUUGUGGGAUGUGAUGACAAACGAGGAAGCUUGUGAAGUGGCUAGACGACGAAUUCUGCUGUGGCACAAAAAGAAUGGGACUAACUCUCUGCCGGAAAGGGGCCAGGGAGUGGAUCCUGCUGCACAAGCAGCGGCAGAGUAUCUUUCAUCGAUGGCUCUUCAAAAAGGUAGCAAAGACAAUAUAUCUGUGAUUGUGGUGGACCUUAAAGCUCACAGGAAAUUCAAAAGCAAAAGUUAGAGAUUACAUGUUCUCACCCACAUUUGGUUUAGUAUAAAUCUGUACACGGCGACGGGUAUAAAUCUCAUUAUUACAUAACUCAGUCCAUUCAUUUUUCCUAUGGGCUUAAGGUGUGUAUGAGAAUAGUAUUUUAGCAAUGUAUUAUAGAAAAAAACAGUUAACAAACGACGUUUAUCCAAAUUUUUUGGUGUUUGUUGCGCCAGAAAAUGGCUAUGUAAAUUGAGCAUGUUGAAGCAAUAUCAGAGGUGCAAUUUCUUAAUU